AUGGGUCCUUCGAUCGCCUUCUCCGCACCGCAGGGCGCGCGGGACAUUCGGUCCUCGUGCUCCAGGACGUCCUCCAGAUUGAGCCUUGCACAACAAGAAGACAAGAAACGCGGCUGCUUGUGGAGAUGCAUGAAGGCACAGUCCCAGCAGCCCGACACGUCGCUCUUCCUGCCGUAUUGGUUCUACGGCUACUGCAGUCAGUUGGUGUUGACCGUCUCGGUGCUGGUGAUCUUUUUCGGGCUGGGCGUUGUCCUCCUGAUCCAGAGCGGCUCGAUGCACGAGGUCAUCAUCCCAUACACCUCAGAUCUCGCUGAGCAGGAGUUUUCCAUUGACCGCAGCCUCGAGGGAGAUGUGCUGGUGUACUACGAAAUGCACCUUUGGGCAAAUCACAAAAGUUUCGUUCAGAGCAGAGAUAAAAGAACUGCGUACAACUUUUUGUCCACCGCUGAUUGCUCUCAAGCAGACACCCUCGACUGGGCGAGCUUCCGACGCGGACAAGAUGCCGCGUUCAUGGCAAAGAUCGGAGCUGCUGGCCCUGAGCUGCUGCCUUGCGGUUUGGUGUCCAUCUCCAUGUUCACCGACAACUUUACCUUCCAUAAGUCCACCAACGGUGGUUGGGAGAGGUUAGACGCGGACUCCUCUGACGUCGCCCUGCCAUCCGACGCCGCAGCGUUCGCUAAACUUCAGCCUGAAGGCGGAGGGCGGCUCUAUAUCCAGUCUGACACAAAGAUAGCGAGCUGGCUGAUGGUCGACCAGUUCGAGCACUGGAAGGUGUGGCAGCGGACGCCCGUGGCCCCGAGCGUGCACAACCUCUGGGCGGUGAUCAAGGGCGGCCUGGCGCCGGGGAACCACAAGGUCGUCUUUGAAGAGAACAGUGCUAUUUGGCAUGAGUGGGGCGUCGCAGAGAAGCGGCUGGUCUUCACCACGCGCCACAGCUUGGGCAACAAGGGUGCGCUCGUGGCCGCAGGAGGCUUUUGCCUGACCAUGGCAAUCAUGGAGGUCUUUGCGCUGAUCAGCAUGCUCGCUGCUUCUCGCCUGGGUGUCGAUCGCAGGCUGUCGGUACAUGUACAACCAGAGGGCCAACCUUGA